AAAGGUACGUCGCGUUUUUCCCCCCGAGACUCAUCCGUCGGGAACGAGACGACUCGGAUACACAGGAAAGCUGUCGUAACGAAAUGUAUCCGACCUCUGCCGCGCUAUACGCUUUCCGGUUGACACUGCAUCAGGUCCAAGCCAGUCCAGCUUUAUACAGAGCUAGGAGCUUCGAUCGUGGCACGGCGACAUCCGCGGUCUUCCUCGCGACCAUCGGGCUGUCCAUAAGCAUGUUCUCGGUGAAACAGAUGCAGUCGUCGCACGAGCGUCGUAUGCGGCGAAGGCUCUGCUAGAAAAAAUAAACUCUGCUAGAAACCCCUGCCAAUUGUUAUUCACCGACAAGACAAAAUCAACGGUCAACUUGAAGAACGAACAUCAUGAAAACGUGUCUGCGCGACGGUUCAGAGCGGACGACGCUGUUCUGAAGUCCAGCAAUGCGGCGUAUGUCGGGCUGAGCUAUAUCUCCACGUCUAGAAUGAGAGUUUGCGGCUUGUACCUAUGUGCUAGGCAAUUUGCAGUCCCGCGCAAAUUCCGCGGCGUUCCUCUAGUUGAGCGCGAGCAGCUUGUACGUCUGAAGGAGCAUGUCCUCGAUUCGCAGACGCGCGUGCAAGAUCACGCACUUCAGUCACGUGGAAUUCAGUACUUGGUACAGGCAGAGGUGGCAAAUACAAUGGGAUCUACGUCGAAGACAGGCCGUCGCCCUCGGGCGCGACGCGCAUGCUUCGUGAAUGAGUGCAGUAGCUUCUUCUGUCCUUAGAAACGCUAGGCUCAUCACAUCGGAGGGAAGAUAUAUUCUAGUCGUGCGAGCAAACGGCGCAGCGAAGGCAACGCAUUCUUGCGCGAGUUCUUUUCCGGGGAAGACUUUCGCUGGCGAUACUGAUGUGUCGUAAAAUGGCGGAUACUCGUACGUUACUUUGCACCACGAUUUAGCUUAAUUUUAUCGAUUAUUUUCGUUCCUUUUGGUGCACAGUCGCGACCGCUGAUGCGACGUUACCAGAUUUUAUGAUACAUCGCACGCCAUUUCCUUGAUGCCAAAAUGAAAUCAAUUUAAGGGAAACAAAAUUACAUCGAGAAAUGUUACGGUUGACUACAUUAACCGCUAAAGACCGGUUGAUUCGUGAAAACCAUGUUUAAAUCAGGAAAUAGGUUUCCUGUUUGUAUCACGAAAUUGCUUACAAUCACUACGCUCAAAUGUAGAUCUUAUUAAUUGGUCCUGACGAAAGUUUCCCUCGGAAAUACGGCAAACGCUGCGAACAAGCGCGAGCCAAAGAGUUUUGCUAACAAAGCGGAAACGUGUCCGCGAAUUUAGUUGAGGAUUCGUUUCGAUUUUAAUGUUGUUAGUUAGAAUCACGUCGUAACUUAACCUUCACCAAUCGAUAAUGCUCAUCCCGUCUCUGUAAAGUCGCAGCGAAUUAGCCGUUGUAGCACAAGUGGCACACAUCGUGUAGAUUGUACGCAUAUUACUGCCGUUGCUUGUCGCAAAUUUCCCCACAAUACAAACAUCCGAGACUCAAUUGAAACCUCAGUGCUUUUCGCCAAAUUAAUACGAGAUUAUAGCGAUAUUUGUCUCUCUUGCUAUUCAAUAUUACUUUUUUUUUAUUUUACACGACAAGCACCACCGUGCUGCAAUUAUCACAAGAAAAAAUACACACAUAUAUAUAUAUCUCUCUCUCUGUGUCACUGUUAUACAAAACUGUGUACUAGGAUGUAUUGGUGCCAUUUCGGAGCAUUUGUAAGAUCAUUAUUUUUAAUAAAACGUUGAUUCGAUUAA